CCAAAUUCAAGCGUGGAAUUGGGAAUGUGGAAGGAGUCGUGUACCCCUUGAAGCAUGGCGAUGUUCGAAGUGAUCAGCCAGAAGCUGGACUUCUCUAGCUGUGAAGAGGAAGGAAACAGCAGUGACAACAGUUCAGAUGACUUGUCCUACAGGAUCCUGAGCUGGAGCCCUGUUUAUGGGACCCCCAGGGUGAAAUGCCACAGAAGCCGGAUCAACACCCUGUCCUCCCCUUUACAGUGCACCAGCCCCAUACCUUAUGCUUCCUGGAGGAAACUGAGGCUGUGCCACACUCCGAGCACACCCAAGAGUCUGCUGUCCAAGUCAUCUCAGCCUUGCUCCGGUACUAAGAUAAGUUGUCCUCAGAGGACCCUCCGUUUUGGCUCAGCACCUGCAAACUUCAUCCAGGCGCCAUAUGUCAAUGUGAAUCCUUUUACCCCUGAUACAGUACAUAGGACCAACCAGCAGCAGUGUAAGAAUAAUUGCAGAAAUGAUGAUGAUGAUGACGACUAUGGGCGCAGAAUCAAACACAGUCUAACGUCAUCUGAGGAGGAUGAUGAAGCGUUUCUCCCACCAAAGAGACGAGCUGUUGAAGCUUUCAUGCUGUCACGGUAUGAGAGUGAGUUCCUGGAGCUGGAGCGCAUUGGCGUGGGCGAGUUUGGGGCAGUUUAUAAGUGCGUGAAGAGGCUGGACGGUUGCCUGUAUGCCAUAAAACAUUCUCGUCGACCCCUCGUGGGCUCUGCCAAUGAGCAGCUGGCCCUGAAGGAAGUGUAUGCACAUGCUGUUCUUGGACACCAUUCACAUGUUGUCCGAUAUUAUUCAGCCUGGGCAGAGGAUGAUCACAUGAUUAUUCAGAAUGAAUACUGUGAUGGUGGAAGUUUGAGUGAUGCCAUUGUGAAGAAAGAGGUGCAGGGUGAGCUGUUCUCAGAAGCAGAAUUGAAAGACCUGCUCUUACAAGUGUCCAUGGGUCUAAAAUACAUCCACAGCUCAAACCUCGUACACCUGGACAUCAAACCAAGCAACAUAUUUAUUUGCUACCGUCCAAGCAAAACUACAGCAGGUGAAGGGGAGAGUGAUGAGGAAGAUGAAGCUGGAGUUAUUUACAAAAUUGGGGAUCUGGGCCACGUUACGUCAACUAACAGUCCUCAGGUUGAGGAGGGGGACAGCCGUUUUCUGGCCAUUGAGGUUCUGCAUGAGGAUUAUAGUCACCUCCCCAAGGCUGACAUCUUUGCUCUGGGUCUUACGGUUCUGCUGGCAGCCGGCGCCCCUCCACUUCCUCAAAACGGAGACGAAUGGCAUAACCUUCGAAAAGGGCAACCACCCAAACUUCCACAGGAGCUUUCAUCUGAGUUCAUGGCGUUACUUCAGUCAACACUGGAUCCAGACCCAACAAAGCGGCCGUCUGCAAGGGAGCUCUGCAAACACACUGUCUUAAGGGAAGAGAGUUCUACAAAGCUCGCUGCUCAGCUACGCAAAGCGCUCAACGUAGAGAAGUUCAGGACAGCCAUGCUCAAAAAAGAGCUUCAGGAGGCUCGUCAGGCAGCGCUGUCACCCAAACAGAUUAUUGAUCCUGGAUUGGAACCCAUUGCUAGGAGGGAGUCCCUACCUGGAUCAGGCAGGAGGCUUGUUGGUAGAAGGGCGGCACGAUCCAUGAGCUUUGGUUGCUCGGGUUAUGGAGUCUGAAGAGGCUAUGUUAAGCUUCUCUGGUUAUCUUUCAGCAACCGGUUUGUGGUAGAAGUGCAUCAUCUAUACACAUGAAAACAGCAAAACAAGUUUCCUCUUAACAGCAAUGGUUCUGAGCCUCAGACAGAAUGUGAUCAUGAUGACUUUCUCGAGUGACUAUUACUCCUAGAGACACGCGUACUUGACCAGUCAAGGACUUGUUUUUAACUGUAAAUAAAAUUUUUAGCAUUUUGUUCAGUGGCAUUCUUUUUUUUUUCCUCACUGACCAGACUCCUAUAGUUUUGUUUUUACUGUGCAAAG